UCACACGUGACAAAAACCCAGUCCUGUGAUUGGUCAGACAUAUACUUUUAUGUCGCACAACCAUCUCCACAUUGUUCAGGACCUCAGAGACAGUCGGCAAAAAUGCUUUUGAACAAGGUUUUGAGGGCAAGUGUCCGAACUGGACUCCGGUACCAGAGCACCAGUGCCCAGGCAGCAGCUAGUGCUGCCCGAGCACCACAAGGCGGAUACUCUUUUGAAUUGACUGAACAACAGCGGGAAUUUCAAGAAUUGGCCAGGAAGUUUGCCAGGGAGGAGAUUGUACCUGCAGCUGCAGAAUAUGACAGAAGUGGAGAAUAUCCUUUCCCAAUCAUCAAAAGAGCGUGGGAGUUGGGUCUGAUUAAUUCUCAUAUUCCAGAAGAAUGUGGUGGAAUGGGUCUGACCAUAUUUGACUCCUGCCUUAUCACAGAGGAGUUGGCUUAUGGCUGCACAGGUGUUCAGACUGCCAUUGAGGCAAACUCGCUUGGUCAAAUGCCAGUUAUCAUCGCUGGGAAUGAUGCACAGAAGAAGAAAUACUUGGGUAGGAUGACCGAGGAGCCCCUGAUGUGUGCAUAUGGUGUUACAGAGCCUGGGGCAGGCUCGGAUGUGGCAGGUAUCAAGACUCGUGCUGUGAAGAAAGGAGACGAGUACAUUGUCAAUGGACAAAAAAUGUGGAUCACGAAUGGAGGGAAAGCUAACUGGUACUUCCUGUUGGCCCGGACUGACUCUGACCCUAAAUGCCCAGCAAGCAAAGCUUUCACAGGCUUCAUUUUAGAUGGUGACACUCCAGGGAUCCAGAUUGGAAGGAAGGAAUUGAACAUGGGCCAGAGAUGCUCCGACACCAGGGGCCUCACCUUCGAGGAUGUUAGAAUACCUAAGGAGAACGUCCUCAUCGGUGAAGGCGCUGGCUUCAAGAUAGCUAUGGGGGCUUUCGAUAAGACAAGGCCUCCAGUGGCUGCUGGUGCUACAGGCCUGGCUCAGAGAGCUCUUGAUGAGGCGACCAACUACAGUCUGGAGAGGAAGACCUUCGGCAGGUUUAUCGCUGAGCACCAAGCCGUGGCCUUCAUACUUGCUGAGAUGGCCAUGAAAGUAGAGCUGGCCAGGAUGGGCUGGCAGAGAUCUGCGUGGGAGGUGGACAACGGCCGAAGGAACACAUACUAUGCCUCCAUCGCCAAAGCCUUCGCUGGAGAUAUUGCCAACCAGUGUGCUUCGGAUGCUGUCCAGAUCUUUGGUGGAAAUGGAUUCAAUAGUGAAUAUCCAGUUGAGAAACUCAUGAGGGAUGCCAAAAUUUAUCAGAUUUAUGAAGGCACCGCUCAGAUCCAGAGAUUAAUCAUCUCAAGAGAACACCUGGGAAAAUACAAGAAAUGAAUGAUUGAAUGAGUAUGAUGGCCAUCGAUGGUCAUUUAACCCUAUGCUACGUCCUUUGUACAGUUUAAAGUAGUUAUGAACAAUGGUUGCUGCAUCUCAGGAUGACUCAAAGCUGAUUGCCUUAUGCUCUCCCAGGGCUGCUCUCAUAUGUGUGAAUGUGUACACUCACAAAACACUUUCUGUGUCCUUACCAUAUCUGAUUUGUAUGGCCAGUUGUCGACAUGCCUUGUUCUUUUUUGUGUCUGUCAAUAUAAAUACAAGUGGCCUGUCACAGUAGCUUGAAUUGAAUAAAUUUGUAUGCGCUGUCCUGA